AUGUCAUAAACUUGCUUAGCUUUAUGUUUUUGUGACGAUUCGGAUUGGAGGUUAUAAUAUAAAUCUGCAAUGUGUUAUUAAAUAAAAACCCUUUAUAGUCAAGUAAUAUACGAAUUAUACCACAAAUACUAGUGCUUAAAAUAUCUGCAGUCUGCAAUAAUGUCAAACGAAAUAAAAAUUGGUGAUUAUGUUGUUAUACAGAAACAGAAUUACAAAAAACUGCAUAAGUUUAAUAAGGCUGAUUCUUCAAUAAGCUUGGGACGAGAUACGGUAAAUUUAAAAGGCAUUGAUGGCUGUCCCUACUUUUCAGUAUUCAAAAUGAUUCCUAAAAGUAGCAAGAGGAAUAGAGAUUAUACUGUAGAACUAGCUCAAGAAGCUGUGAAAUUAAAAGAUGAAAUUGAUAUUAAAGUUUCUGGUAGUGACAAUAGAAACAUAUUAGACGACGGAAACUCACAAAAGUUAUCUGCAUCUGAUAUAGAAACACUAAAGAGUGAUUCAAAUAAAGCAUCUGAUAUUGUUGGGACAUUAAUAAAUAAUUCAAACACUUUUCAUAAUAAAACUGAAUUUUCUCAAGAUAAAUAUUUAAGGAAAAAAGAGAAAAAGUAUUUUGAGUACUUUCAAGUCAUAAAACCUAAUUUAAGAGUAAUAAGUGAAAUUAUGUACAAACUAGAUCCUGGUAAAAUCCAGAAUUUGCGUAUAGAUACGUUGUCACAAAUAAUCACUAUGGUGAAUAUACAUUCUGAAGGGAACCACCUGUUGUAUGACUCAGGAUCAAAUGGGUUAGUGGCUGCUGCUUUACUGAGUGUUAUUGGAAAGGACACUAAUGGUAAACUAUUACACAUGCACCCAGGCAACAUGUCUCAGAAACAGGCAUUGUUAGCCAUGAACUUCCCUGAAGAACAGUUGAACAGAUGUGUUUCAGUAAAUGUUUAUUCAGCUCUUAGACAAUUCUAUCAAGGAUGUGAUACUAAUAAUGGUGUUGACAAAGACAUACAAACAAGUGAAAAUGAUGAAAAUCCUCUUAAGAGAAAAGCAGAUGAAACAGAUGAACAUCAAAGUAAAAAAAUGAAACAAGAGGAAGAUGAGGAAUUAGUUGAAUCUUUAGAUAAAACAGACGGUGAUAAACCAAGAGGGAAUAAGAAGCCUAAAUGGCACUUUGACAAUAUUGCUGCAUCAGAAAUACUGCAAAACAAAAUGGAUUCAUUGGUGAUAGCAUGUAAAGAAGACCCUCAAAAUAUAUUUAAUGAACUGGUAUCAUUUGUAAAACCUGGCCGGCCAUUUGUAAUAUAUUAUAGUGCAGUAGAACCCUUGCAGCAGUUAUAUCUGACACUGAGACCUCGUGCCAAUGUAGCUGCAUUAAAACUCACAUGUAAUUGGAUGAGAAACUAUCAGGUGUUGCCAGAGAGAACACAUCCAGAGGUGACAAUGAAUGGGGCAAGUGGGUAUUUACUAAGUGGAUAUGUUUUAAAAUAAGUUAUCUGUGUAUUAGUAGGUCUUAAAUUUGUAGAAAAAAAAAUACAACAUUUUAUAAAUUUA